UGGCAGCCCUGCAGCCCUCAAAACUGUCAAAUGUUAUUCGUUUUCUAAUGUGUUGAGUGUCGCUGGAAGACAAUAUAUUAUUUUCGACUUAGUGUGAACUGGAAACCAAUUGUAAACAAUAAUUAAGCGCAACGUACUAAUUUAUAUCUUAUGCUAUGUUUUCUAAUGUGGAAUAUUGAAUCUUCUUUGGAUAAACAAACUGAAGCAGGAUGGCAAGUGAAGAUGUGAUAGAAUUAGGGUCUUCGGACGAUGACACUGAACCGGCUCCGAAAAAGAGUAAACCAAAGCCAGAUGCAAUGGUGUGCAUACCAAGAUACAAGUUAAACGAGGUCACAAUAAAGCCUCCUAGUGCUAAAGUUAAAGUAAUUGCAGGACCAGGUAAAUCUGGGCUCUCAACAAAGAAUGAUCCUAUUUUAAAAGUGUUAUCUGCAACAGAAGGUGUCACCAUUUCCAAGGCAACAACUUCGCCCCUUAGGCUACCCACUGACCCAACUUCAUUGAAACGAUUACCAAUAGCACAAAAUAUAUUUCCGCCAAAACAAAUCAUCACACCAAAAUCAUCAGUUGUACUAAAAGCGCCAACACCUUUUGCAAAGAAAAAAACAACUAUAACAAGAGUCCCAACUUUGUUAACUAAUCCAUUUGCUAAUGUAAAUAAACACAAUGGUAAACCUGUGCACAAAGUGAUUUCCAAACCACUUUUAAAUUUACCUAAAAGUCUUAAAAUUCAAUAUGCUUCAGCUUCACAAAACAAAUUUACAGCUUUACCACACAAUCCAAUAAAAAUUUCCAAUUCUUCUCCUGUAAUUUUAAAUACUAUCCAUCAACCAACCAAUCAAAUUAAUUUACCACCUAGUAUAACUGUUAAGAGAACUUCUAAGCAAACUUAUAAACCAGUGGUUUAUAUGAAACGCAAUACAAAUGCUACCGACAUAAAACAAGCAAAUGUCCCUACAGUUGAAUUAGAUGAUGAUGAAAUAUCUGUCAAUGAACCAGCUGCCCCUGGCCCUGCAUGGUAUUUGAGACCAGAGGAACAAGAAGAAAUUUCUACAUUAGAAGAAGAGAAUAACAAAGAGCCAGAAGGUUCUAAGAUGAUUGAAAUCACCAUAGAAGAUAGUCCAAUUAAACCGGUGACAAAUAAAAGAACUUGUGAAGUUGGUACUGAACUGGCCAUCACAAUUGAUGACAGCCCUAUCAAAGCAGUAGCUGAUAAGAAUGGAUCUCUCAGUGAAAGUGAUGAAGAAUGUGUUACUCCAAAAUCUCCUCCUAACAGUAAAAAGAAAUUGGAAUAUCCCAAAGAAGAUGAAUCAAGAGAGAAAACUUUAGAAAUAGAAAUUGAAAUACCCAUUGGUGAAGGAUUAGAAUUGGACACAAAGAGUGUGGAUAAAGAUGGCAAUAAUGAUAUUCCUAAGGCUAGUGUGGCAGAACAGACAGAGUCUACAGAAAAAAAUGAUUCUAGUAAAGCUGAUACAAAUUCUAAAGAAGCUACUAAAGAGCCUAGUAUUAGUGCCCAGAGUGAAUUUCAUCCUGUAUACCAGAACUUUAUAGAUGUCUGUUUUCAAUUGGAAAAUUCUGAUGAUAUGAAUAAAAUAGUAGAGAAGAAAAUUAAAGGCUAUUAUAGACAGGUUCCGAAGGAGUACACGGAAUCUGAGGAGUUCAUUGACAUGGUUAGAAGUAAAGUAGUUGCAAUGAAGGCUAGCCCUGAAAAGAUGUAUUUGUAUAUAAAAGAUGUUGUUGAUGAACUAAAUAUGCAGAGAAAAAGAGCUAAAGCACAACCACAAGUGGUGAAUUUGGAGACAGUACCUGAAGAGUCAGAUCAGUUUCAGUUUGGAGAAGAAAAUGAAUAUGAUUCAAAACGUCAAAGGCAGAUACGUAAACUGGAGAAGACUAUAAAGAAACUGCACAGAGCCAUCCAGAAAUUGGAAGAGCAUGAGGUUGAUUUUGAUGAUGAGGAUGAUUCGGUUUAUUUAUUGACUGAAAGGUAUAAAGAAAGGAUGGUACGUGUUUACGCGAAAUUCUGUCAAUUGACGAACACAAAAAUGCCUUCUGAGCCCCGUAUUACAGUGGAAUCGAGGCCAGGCCAACCGGCAGGCCCGGCUAAACGACUUGAGAAGUGGGUAAACAAAAAGGUACCUAUUGGUACUCCACUGCCAUUCCCAGAUUUCCAUGAUGUACUCCGAUGUGUUAGAGAAGCUAACGAGGAAGAUAAACUGUGUUGGAGUGAGGCACAGAUUAUGGAAGAGGCUCGAGACCUCUUUACAAGGUGCGGAAAGAAACUACAGCGGCGUAGACAAGAAAAUGAAUGGCGAUUAGCGGCUUCAAGACUAACAUUAGAUGUAGUUGACCCGGCAGAAAAUAAUGAGCAACUGAGGCAUCAACUAGACAUGAAUAGAAAAGUCGCAUCCAGUAAAGAGACUGAAAUAUUUAAUAAGUUUGCUGACCGACAGAACCAAAUGAAAUUGGAAGGUGAAGAAAUUGGCGAUAAGGAAGCUGAAGAGUCACCAGUUGAAAGUGAAGAUGAAGAUGCUAAUGACGAUGAAAGUGCUUCCUUAGAGAACAAAGGUAAAAGAAAGGAAAGAUUGAAGCGAUUAAUAGAGGAGAUAUCCAAGGGGCCUAGUGAGGGAAAAGAGAAUCAACCUUUAGAAAAACCUAACACUAGUCCAACAGAGGAAACUGUUAAAGGAACCGAAGUCAAAGGUGAUAAAGAAGAUUCUGAGACUUUGAAAAGUAAAAAUAUAGACAAAGACAUUCAGAAUGCUGAAACAUUUUCAGUAAGUAGUGAAAAUAGUAAAGAUUUCGAUUUAGAGUCAGAUGUAGAUGAGCUUCAUUUAUUGCAGAAGUUGCAUAAAAGCAAUGAAGAUACAUCCACUUUGGAUUCUUCAGAUUCUGAUGAUAGUCUUAUAGCUAUUUCAGACUCACUGGACUCUGAUAAUGAUAAUAAAGAAUUAAGUGACGUAAUUAGCAUCGAAAAUUCAAGCUAUUCAGAUAGCGAAGCUGAUAAAAUGAAUAGUGUGCCAUCUAAUAACAAAGACAUUGUAGAAAUUAAAUCAACAGAUACUCAAAAACAUAAUGAAACUGAACCACAAAAUAAUGAGCUUGAACUUGUUUUUGAUGAUUCUGAUAUGAACCCCACAAAUGACAUGAAUGUGGAAUGUUCUAAGUCUGUUGAAGAUAAUCUUCUUGCGUCCUCAGAUAAUGAAAGUGGCGACAAUAAGCAGGCAGAAACAGUUCCUGUAGAUAUUGAGAUACCCAGUGAAGAUGUGGACAUACUGUCUACUCAAGUAGAUGCACUUUCGCCUAGUGACACAUGCGUGAAUCUUAAAGAUGAUCUCAUUUCAAUUGACGAAACAGUUGUCGGAAAUGUAGCUGUUAAUCCAAAGGAAAAUCAAGUUAAUGAAUUGCCUGUUAUAGCAGUUGGAACAGAAAUUAACAAUAAAGACCAUUUUAAAGAUGGGAAAGAAAGUAGAGGUGAUGUAGAUACAGUAUCACUAAAAUUUGGAGCAUCCAGUACAUCUAAAGAAUUACAAAAGGAGAUUGUUAGUAGUACUUCUGCUGAACUUGAACUGCCGGAACCUAUGGAUGUUGAUGAACCUCAAACAGUAGAUACGGUCAAGGCCCAUUCACAUACAGGAAAACCUGAAGUAGCAUUAUAAUCUAAUAAUAAAAUUACUGAAGUGAUAAAAUGACUGAAGUGUUAAAGUGCGGAGUAAUUAUUGUUGGUGUGUGUGUGUGAAUGAUUAGGGGAUGGAGGAAGCCAAAGAAGUAUGUAAUAUAAUCGUGGAUGGUGCUCUGGAGGUACAUGUAUAUAAAACAAACAUAAAGCUCGUAAAAGUUAUUUAAGUACUACAAAAUAAAAUAUUAUAAUUUGUAUAGCUUGUCUGUCUAUCAUUGGAAUACUGUAGCUAAAUGACAUUUAUGUUCAGAUAAAAAAUAGUUAUUAUACUAUAAAUGUUUCUGUGUUUUGCCACAACUUAUGUAAGUAUAAUCUACGGCAAGAUUUUUCGUAGUAGAGAUAAGUUCGCUAUUGUAAGUAUGUUUAUUUUCAAAUUAUUUCUCACUUUAACUUUCAACUUAAAUUCCUUUUUUUUUAUUCUUGUAUAUGUAAAAUAUUGGGAAAUAAUGAGGAAAUACAAUACGCGAACCUAUCAAAUUCUGUCCAUGGUUAGUUUAUUCCAUAUUGGGCUAAUUUCGCUGUACGUUAUAAUUUGUAUUUUAUGUACAUAUGUAUACAUAUAGAGGUUUACUACGCCAAAUCGAAUGUCAUAUGACAAUGAGGACUGAAUGUGGAUUUCUCGCUUGGAGAGCUUGUGAAAAAAGUCUGUAGGCUUAACAGGGAUGACAAUAGGGUAUGAGAAUAAAAAGGAAAACAUUAAACACGUUUUAUUAUUUUGUAAGGCAAUUUUAGUUUAUUUUUUAAAUAACAAACAAUUUAUUAUUGUUAUUUUGCCAUCUACCGUUUUAUGACGAAAUUCUAUUAUCAUCGGGUCAAAUAUUACAAAUCAUGUAGUCAAUUAUUUUAGCUCCCGCUUAGCACAAAAUGUACUUAGUUGUGACAUCACAAGAUAUUUCAAACCAAUGUCAUAGAAAAAUUUGAUUCCCUAAGAAAAAAUACUUGUCUAAUAUUUUAAAUUAGUCUUUAAGACGCCGACAACGUUACAAAAUCGUCAUCCCUGUUGAGAGUGUGUCAGUGUCAAAGCAUUUGAAAACAUUUUUUGACAGUAACAGCGGUUAGACAAAGACAUCACAUAUCCCCUCAGCUGUUGAACGGACUCCAGGUGUCUGUACACAAACUGGGAAAAUAAUAGCUCAACCGAUUUCAAAUUAGGAUUAACUAUACAUUACAAAUUGAAACUGGAUCAAUAUUUUUUUUAUGUUAGCUUAUUUCUUUGCGAUUCCAAAUAUAUAAGCUUUAUAUAAGCUUCCAUACAAAAGUUUUGAGAUAUUGUAAUUUUAAACACACGCGCCUGUAUCGCGCGGACCACCCACGAAGUGCUUACACAGAUCCGCCGAAUCGCGAAAAAUGGCCGCCACAGCUGAGGGGAUAUUAGCACCAUUAGAAUGCCUAGUGAGUUUUCUUUACGUCGAAGCGAUCGGCACGUUACCGGGUGAUUCUUCACAUCAAUUUUAACAAAAAUAAUGAUGCCAAUACCCUCAAACCAAAAUAACAAUUCUGCCGAUUAAAACAUAAAUAAUGAUUUUAUUAAAUUAAAUUGAACCAAUGGUUACAAGUGAUUAUUUAAAAUAUUGAAUAAUAAGUUGAUGCUUAACAACCCGGGAGAAUAAUGAUUUUCGAAGUAUCACCCCUACCGCAUUUAGCUCUCUGAUUGGUUGUUUUAUU